GUCGCCCAAUUAUUGAUGAGUUGCUUGGGGUACUUACUAGAACCAAGCAACCGGAAGGGUCCAUUGGCAUUGUAGUGGGCCCAACCAUGGGUAAUUUUACGCCCGGCGCAGUAUAUGCAGCGCUAGAGAUAGCAGAAUUAGAUACUUAUCCUAUCAUCGUGACGGAUAAGGGCCGGCUAUCCAAGUAUCUGCUUCAUGCAGUUCUUGAUAGGUUAUAUGAACGACCUUACACCUUCUCCCUCUUACCAUAG